AGCAAAGAUGUCCGCGCCCGUUUGAAAACCUGCGGCAGCCAAAUCCUCCGUUUGGCUCCCGACCCGAGCCAGACCCGCCCAGAGGACAGGCCAGGACCAGGACCCGAGCCAGACCCGCCCAGAGGACAGGCCAGGACCAGGACCCGAGCCAGACCAUUCCGUACUAUCAGAAAUAAUGCUGAUAUCUGGAACUCAUGUCGGAAGUCGUGUAUGAAGAGACAGCCACGAUGAUCGCAGCAGGGGAAUUGCAGUCGUUUGUCCCGUUUGGCCGCGAGCACUGCAGGAACCAUCCGAACGCCUUCAACCUGCAGCUCAGAGAGCUCCAGCCCGCCUCCGAGCUCUGGUCGUCAGACGGCGCCGCCGGCCUGGUGGGGUCGCUGCAGGAAGUCAGUCUGCAGGAGAGGGAGAGGGAAUGCUGGCAGCUCAGGAAAGGCUGCAAGGGAGUCCGCCAGGAGGAUGUGGAGUUUGAAGAGGAGCUCUACACAGCGGGGACCGUGGUGGUCUGGAGUCAGGGCAGUCGGAUCCAAGCCUCCAACGUGUACAAGGCCUUCACCGUCGACAGCCCAGUGCAGCAGGCCUUAUGGUGUAACUUUGCUGUUCCUCAGAACAAGAAAGACGAAGAGGAAGUGGAGCAGACGGUGUGUAUCGUCCAGAGUAGCUGCGUCAACGUUCACAGCGUGACCGGGAAGGAUUUCAUCUCUCCGCUGCCGUUCCAGGUCUCAAAUGUCUGGGCGACAAAGUUUGGACUUCUGUUGGAACGAAAAAACACAGCAAUCGAUGCUCAACUCAGCACCCCCGGGGAAUCUCUUCCCACGGUGUUCAGCAUGCUGCAUCCUCUGGACGAGAUUGCACCUGUUGUGUGUAAACCUACAGGUCUGUUUGAAGGCUCCCGGGUGCAGUACGCGUCCGACUCCACCAUGACGAUGGUGUUCAGCUGCUCUCAGCCCUCAGUAGUCGUCUCCUAUGACACAGUGCAGGGAACACACUCUGUCUGGGCGCUGCGCAAAGUCACACAGGAAGAGCGCUCCUCAGUCCUGCGGUGUUCAGUGGAUCCGGUCGGCACCCCGCUGGGUCUGAUGGCGUCGGGCUUGCUGACCUCUCACCUCCGUAAUAUCUCCCGUCUGGACUCCCCCGGUGGACCCGGGGCAAGCAGGCUCGGAACCGGAACCGGAACAAGUUGCUCCGUUGGUCCCGGCUCUCCUCUCCACUACAGCGCUCUGCACAGCCACCAGAGCCGGAUCAUGACCUCCUCACCAGGAUUACACUCCCGCGUUCAUUCCCCGAGUAUAUCCAACAUGGCUGCCCUCAGCCGGGCUCACUCUCCAGGCAUGGCGGCUCCGUCCUUCUCCGGAGCGUCUCGUUUCAACACGUCGCUGCACAGCCCGUCUCCCAGAGGCCACCACGGCCUCGCCACGUCGCCCAACAGCACCGUCAACGACACCAUGCUGGCGCCGGAGAUGGAGCCCAUCGUACCGGACCUCUGCAUGGAGCAGCUGUGGAGCGAGACGGUCGCCGCCGGCUGUCACAGGGAGAUGAGCAGCCAGGCGUCCAAAGUAUUUCUGACCUCAGACCUCUGCGAGAACCGCUACCUCUGUUUCCUGGUGGAGUCUCACCAGCAGCUCAGAUGUGUGAAGUUUAUCGAGAGCAACAACACGUCUCAGCUCAUCUUCACUUCUGUCACCACCAUCUCUGCCAAAGAUGCCGAGCCUCUGCAGAAUAUCGACGCCAUGCUGGUUCUGGAGGCCUGUGGCAGUCUGGUCCUCUACACAGGAGUCACCAGGGUCAGCAAGGUGUUCGUCCCCGGCCUCCUGUCGCCCACCUUCAGCCUGACCAACCACCUGUCUCACCUCAGCACGCCGGCGGAGAACGUCAGCACGCCGGCCAACGCUGGCAGCCGACACCUCCAGAGACUGGAUGAGUCCGUGAUGCCGUCACCGGUGAUGGAGCUGAGAGGGCUAAACAUGAAACACCACGAAGGUUCAUUUUUAGACGAUUACACCUUCCAACAUGCCACGCCCUACAUCCACGCGCUGAGGGACCCCGUCUGCAACCGGGUCACUUUGGAACUCAGCAGUGGCUCGAUGCUGAGGAUCUCCAUCCCAGAGAUCGCUACCUCAGAGCUGGUGAGGAAAUGCCUUCAGGCCGUGCGUUUCAUUCUGCCAAAGGACGCUGCCAUGAAGGUUCUGGUGAAGUGGUACAACAUCUACAACGCCCCCGGAGGCCCCAGUGCUCACGCCGAGUGGAACCUGUUUGUCACCUGCUUCAUGACCCUGAUGGGCUACAACACGGAGCGCCUGGCCUGGACCCGGAACCUACAUUUCGAGGUUCCUCUCUCUCCGGUGAUCGCAGCGAAGAAGGCUCGUCCGUCUGACGGAGGAUCUGAGGAGGACUUGGACUACCUGUUGGCGUCUCAUUACCACCGACAGAUGAACUCUCAGCCCGUCUGCUCCAACAACACUCUCACCACACAGACUCUGGACCUGUCCUCUGUGUCCUCUCCCUCCGGUCCGUGUCUUCAGUUGGACAGUGCGGCUCCUCUCUUCGUUCACAUCCCGGCUCUCUUCUACGUUCUCCACCUGCUCUAUCAGGAGCUGCAGCUGGACGAGCUGCAGAGAGCGAGAGCCUCGUCACUGGUCUGCCUGCUGCAACAGCUGGCCAGAGACCUCCAGUUGGACGAGUAUGUGGAUCUGUACUGGAGAGACUACCCGUCAUUGAUUAGUGGCUUCACUGAGAGCUGCGUCAUAGACCAGGCUCUGAUUGGUCAGAUGCAGCGUCCGUCCUUCCUGAGGGCGGAGCCUCCCUGUGUGCUCAGCUGGCUCAGUGGCUGUCUGAGAGGAGAGGAGAGCCCGCCUUUCCCCUCCCUACCCGGCAUCUGUCAGAGGACCCGACUCAUGGUUCUGAGUUAUGCUCUCUACAUCGUCGGAGAUGAAAACGCCACUUCAACAGAAGUAUCAAAGUACUUGUCCAAGCUCUCUGCAGGUCAGAAGAACUGCACCAGUGAACCAAACUACAGAAGACAAAGCAGUGUGAAGGUGAACUUUUCCAGUGAGAGUCUGGCUGAGCAGCUGGUGGUCUGGCUCACCUCAGAAGGUUUCACCCUGAAGGACCUGGAGUCGGUCCCCUUCGGCGUGGCUCUGCCCAUCAGAGAGGCCAUCUACCGCUGCCGGGAGCAGCCGUGCUCUGAUUGGUCGGAGGAGGUGUGUCUCCUGAUUGGGCGACAGGAUCUGACCAAACAGGCCCACAAGAUGACGCUGGCCAAGAGCAAAGCUUCCGUUGGUUCAGGUCUUUCAUUGGAGCCUCCAGCGGCCACAGAGGCAGACGAGGAGGAAGAUGGGAUGUCGGACAUCAUUCAGGAGGUCACAGGACUGAUCUGGAGUCAGGAUCUCAGGGUCCAGGAGGUCAGGAGGCUCCUGCAGAGCUCCAGACCGGUCCGGGUCAGUGUGGUCCAGUUACCGGAGGUUUCUGAUCACGAGUACAUAGAGGAGAAAGAGAACAAACUCCUUCAGCUGUGUCAGAGGACCAUGGCUCUCCCGGUGGGCCGAGGCCUCUUCACGCUCUUCUCCUAUCAGCCGGUACCGACCGAACCGUUACCCGUCCCGAAGCUCAACCUGACAGGCCGCGCCCCCCCGAGGAACACGAUGGUGGACCUGAACAGCGGGAACAUUGAUGUUCCUCCCAACAUGACCAGCUGGCCCAGCUUCCACAACGGAGUCGCUGCAGGACUCAAAAUAGCUCCGGCUUCACAGGUGGACUCGGCCUGGAUCGCCUACAACAAGCCGAAGAGCCCCGAGCUGGCCAACGAGUACGCGGGCUUCCUCAUGGCCCUGGGCCUCAACGGACACCUCACCAAGCUGGCCACACUCAACAUACACGACUACCUCACCAAGGGCCACGAGAUGACCAGCAUCGGGCUGCUGCUGGGCGUGUCUUCGGCCAAACUGGGCACCAUGGACAUGUCCAUCACCCGUCUCCUCAGCAUCCACAUCCCCGCCCUGCUGCCCCCCACCUCCACCGAGCUGGACGUCCCGCACAACGUCCAGGUUGCUGCUGUGAUUGGCAUCGGGCUGGUGUACCAGGGAACAGGACACAGACACAACGCUGAGGUCCUGCUGUCUGAGAUAGGUCGGCCUCCUGGUCCAGAGAUGGAGUACUGCACAGACCGGGAGUCCUACUCUCUGGCUGCUGGUCUGGCUCUGGGGAUGGUCUGUCUGGGGCACGGCAGUAACCUGAUUGGGAUGACGGACCUGAACGUCCCGGAGCAGCUGUAUCAGUACAUGGUGGGGGGGCACCGCCGGGCUCAGGCCGGAGCCAACAGGGAGAGACACAAAUCCCCCAGCUACCAGAUCAAGGAGGGCGACACCAUAAACGUGGACGUGACGUGUCCCGGAGCCACGCUGGCCCUCGCCAUGAUCUACCUGAAGACCAACAACAGGUCCAUCGCUGAUUGGCUGAAACCUCCGGACACCUGGUUCCUGCUGGAUUUCAUCAAGCCGGAGUUUCUGCUGCUGAGGACUCUUGCUCGCUGUAUCAUCAUGUGGGAUGAAAUCCUCCCAAAUACUGAGUGGGUCAAGAGUAACAUACCGCAGAUCAUGAGGGGGACCUUUGACCCUUCAGAUGACAUAAACAUGGAGACGAUGGCCCAAGCCCAGGACUACAUCACGGCCGGCGCCUGUAUGGCGUUGGGUUUACGCUUCGCCGGCUCCGCCAACUCGGACGCCUUCGACUGCCUCUACGAGUUCGCCAGGACCUUCAUGAAGAUCAUGUCCUUCGCUGGUACAGCUGCUGUUCAGACGGGUUACUACAACCUGCAGACCGGCCUGUCCAUGAUCCUGCUGGCGAUGUCCAUGGUGAUGUCCGGCACCGGGAACCUGAAGGUCCUGCAGCUCUGCCGCUUCUUCCACAAGAGGACCGGAGGAGAGAUGAACUACGGCUUCCACAUGGCUCAUCACAUGGCUCUGGGCCUGCUGUUCCUGGGGGGGGCGAGAUACACGCUGAGCACCUCCAACUCGGCCAUCGCCGCUCUGCUCUGCGCCCUCUACCCACACUUCCCUGCUCACAGCACUGACAACCGCUAUCACCUUCAGGCCCUGAGACACCUGGCCGUUCUGGCUGCAGAGCCACGUCUGCUGGUCCCUGUGGACGUGGACUCCCUGAAGCCCUGCUACGCCCUCCUAGAGGUCACCUACAAGGAGACCAAGUGGUACAAUGAGACAACGGUGGAGCUGAUGGCCCCCACCAUGCUCCCCGAGCUGCACCUCCUCAAACGGGUGAAGGUGAAGGGUCCGCGGUACUGGGAGCUCUCUGUAGACCUGAGCAGAGAAACACAGCAUCUACAGUCCAUCCUGUCCAGAGACGGGGUUCUGUACGUUAAACUGAGAGCCGGCCAGCUGCCCUACAAAGACGACCCUCAGGGCUGGAAGAGUCUGCUGGCCUCCACCGUCAACCACCGCACCUCUGGAGUCAGAGCCUUCAAGCCUGAAGCCAUCUCUACGUUCACCUCAGAGCCGGCGUUGGUCUCCUUCGCCGAGUUCUUCUGCAAAACGUCUGAGGAGAUUCCACACAGAGGAGACACUCUGGUGUUGUUCUCGGCGAUGCUGUAUGAAUGUGUGACUCAGGAGUGUCCAGAGAUGCUGCCCACAUACAUCGCUAUAGAGCAGGCCGUGUCCGCUCUGCGCCGGGCCGACCUCCUGCAGACCUUCCCUCUGUGGCAGAUGCGUCUGGUGGUGGAGCUGUGGGACAGCCGGGUGCAGAGAGGACCAAACAACCGCCACGACGCUCUGCUCACCUCAGAGUUCAUGCCCGUCAUGAAGAACAUGGUGGACGAGGAGCUGGACCGCUGGCUAGCAGACCACAGCUCCGUGUUGAGGUCCUACAUGAGGGGUGAGGCCCUCCCUAAGGCCGCCCAGUCCAUCAUGCUGGCCAGCUUCCUGGUUUACCGCUCCAUCCCCUGUCUGAGGAACACACACACACAGCUGGAGGGCUGCAGCUCUCUGGGGGAUUUACUGUGGAGGAGCAGCCGGCUGAGGAUUCCUCUCCGAGACCUGCUGAGGCUGGUCCCCGUCCUGCUGGGCCCCGGAUCCGGACCCCACGACCUGCCGGGCCUCCCUCUGCAGGCCUUCUGAUCCAAGCCACGCCCCCAGAGGAGGGUCGCCUCCCUGCAUCACGGAGGAGAAGAACUGUUCCUCCUCAGCUUCAGACUUUUGUAAAAUAAUGUUUCUUUUUUUACUCUGCAGUAAAGAUGUAGUACUGCAGUAAAGCUGUAGUACUGCAGUAAAGAUGUAGUACUGCAGUAAAGCUGUAGUACUGCAGUAAAGAUGUAGUACUGCAGUAAAGCUGUAGUACUGCAGUAAAGAUGUAGUACUGCAGUAAAGAUGUAGUACUGCAGUAAAGAUGUAGUACUGCAGUAAAGCUGUAGUACUGCAGUAAAGAUGUAGUACUGCAGUAAAGAUGUAGUACUGCAUCGUGGGGAGGACGAAGAGACAAUAAAAGAGAAAAGUACCUCUA